GGCGUCAGCCUCGUUCCCGGCGCGGCGGCGACUGACCGACCGACUCUCUCCUCAGUACGGCCCUAGACACUCACCCGCCUCCUCGGAGCCCGGGCCUUGGCUGCCUAAAGCCGCCGUCGCCUCCCGGGCCUAGGCCCCAGGCCCGGCCUCGCGUAGCCGGCAGGUCCCGACCGGGGGUCGGCCCUCCCCGCCCUCUCAUGGGCCCCAGCUAGAGUAGCUGGAACCGCCCCGCCCCCUGCUCCCCUUCUCCCUCUCUCCCUUUCCCUCCUCACCCUUUCGGGACAAGGCCCCGAUGCCACCCAAGAGGAAGCCGGUGCUGCCGGCGCUCCACAUCACUCCUACCAUCGCCGAAGGCUCGUCCCCCACGAGCGAGAGCUCCUCCGAGGCGAAUCUGGUUGACCUCCAGAAGAAACUGGAGGAGCUCGAGCUAGAUGAACAGCAGAAGAAGCGGCUGGAGGCUUUCCUCACCCAGAAAGCCAAGGUGGGAGAGCUAAAGGACGAUGACUUUGAAAGGAUCUCGGAGCUGGGAGCUGGCAAUGGUGGGGUGGUCACCAAAGUACAACACAAACCCUCAGGGCUCAUCAUGGCACGAAAGUUGAUUCACCUGGAGAUCAAACCUGCCAUUCGCAACCAGAUCAUUCGGGAACUCCAGGUCCUACACGAGUGCAAUUCGCCUUACAUUGUGGGCUUCUAUGGAGCCUUUUAUAGCGAUGGGGAAAUCAGCAUCUGCAUGGAGCACAUGGAUGGAGGGUCUCUGGAUCAGGUGUUAAAAGAAGCCAAGAGAAUUCCUGAAGAGAUCUUGGGGAAAGUCAGCAUUGCAGUUCUGCGCGGUUUGGCAUAUCUGAGAGAGAAACACCAGAUUAUGCACAGAGACGUGAAACCCUCCAACAUCCUUGUCAACUCCCGGGGAGAGAUCAAGUUGUGUGAUUUUGGGGUGAGCGGGCAGCUCAUCGACUCCAUGGCUAACUCCUUCGUAGGAACCCGCUCCUACAUGUCUCCGGAGCGGUUGCAAGGCACUCACUACUCAGUUCAGUCCGAUAUCUGGAGUAUGGGCCUGUCCCUAGUAGAGCUGGCCAUCGGAAGAUACCCAAUCCCCCCUCCAGACACCAAGGAAUUAGAAGCGAUCUUUGGACGGCCCGUGGUCGAUGGGGCAGAGGGAGAGCCCUCCAGCAUCUCUCCGCGGCCACGACCCCCAGGACGCCCAAUCAGUGGCCACGGGAUGGAUAGUCGACCAGCCAUGGCCAUCUUUGAACUGUUGGACUACAUUGUUAACGAGCCUCCACCUAAACUUCCGAACGGGGUUUUCACGCAAGACUUCCAGGAGUUUGUAAAUAAAUGCUUAAUUAAAAAUCCAGCAGAGCGGGCAGAUCUGAAGAUGUUGAUGAAUCAUGCCUUUAUCAAACGGUCAGAAGUGGAAGAAGUGGAUUUUGCAGGCUGGUUAUGUAAAACACUGAGGUUAAACCAACCCAGCACCCCCACGCGCACUGCCAUGUGAUGGUGAAGCAAACUGCCUUGUGUCCAUCUGUCUGCCUGUCCAUCACUGUUUCCUGCCCUACUGGCUGAAGACAGAACCACCUCUUUUCCCUCCCUCCACCCAACCUCUCUCCCUUCCCCACCUCGACCCAAACUGGAGACCUCUGAUGCCUGACAGACAAGCAGAAAUUGGCUUUCUUUGUUUUUCCUCACACCCGCUGCAGCCCAGCGCAGCCUUGUCUCUGAAGUUUCUGAUCUUUGGAAAUUGUGACGCUGCAUUUUUUUGGUCUUUUUGGAAACUGUUCAACUUGGGCUAAAAAAAAAAAAAGAAAGAUGGGGGGAAACAAACCCUGAGCUUGGGAUUUUUUUUUUUUUUUGGUCCUUUGAUGAUUUGAUCCCGAGAUGGCCGAUUAAAUUUGGAUAACGGCAGUCCUGGAAAUAGCCUGUAGCUAGCUGAGUUGCACAGCUAUGGUUACAAAGUGGGAGGAGAGAAUCAAACUGGGAGAAUACACGGCCCUCUUAAAGGGAGAAAUCUUGGGCGUGAAUUCCUAGAUGUUAACAUCUGUUGCAUUUGCAGUCACCAAAAAGGAAGGCACAGAUGUUUGCCUCGUCUCUGAUUUCUGGUAGUCCCUUUCCCCACAUUUGAAUGUUAUGUGGUUUGGGAGUUAAUGUUUUAGAAGAGGAGCAGCGAGAUUUCCUUGGUUUCCUCACCCCCGACCCCCUCAUCGACUCCUCUUUCUGUCUGUAUUCAACUCUUGGCAGCAGAGUUCUCUGUGUCAAGAAAGGGCAUUGCAUCUGUGAGGCAGUUUCCCUCUACCUCUUCUCUUUGGGGAUCAAAACUCUGACUUGUUCGUGCUGAGCUUGGAUUCCCCUUUACACGUAGGAAGUGCUUGGUUUCCAAAGUAUCCCCGAGUGGCUUUAAGAAAUAACACGCAUUCUGUAAAUAAAAGUGCAUUCCCAAUUUGUGCCGGAUGUUCCGAAACACCCUCGGGAUUAACAUCUUUCCCAGUUCAGCCUGGUCGUGGUUGAUGAAUGAAGGUAGAGGUGGCCUUCUAAUUUGUGUAACUCAAGUAAGGAGUCGUGACGUUCAACUUUUUGUUUGAAACGGACUUGCGAUGGAGGGCAAGGUCCUCUCCUGGACUCCCGUGAUCUGGCCAGCUUCCUUUCCUUCCACGACGGGCAGACUGGCCAUCCCUCCUGAAUCGGGAAGGGAAAACCCGGGUUCCUCUUGAACCGGGGUCUCGGAUUUGGACUUGUCCUAACUCUGGUGCCUCGCCUCCCCCUCUCUUCGCCCUCCGCUCCUCCCGUACCGUCCCCCCCACCCCCGCCCUUCUUCUACCUUCUAGUUCUUCCUCCUGACAAGAUUGGUUUCUUAAUGCUACAACAUCAAUCCUGAUCGGGUGCAAACUGCAUCUGGAGAGCUGUUAGAAGAGCUGUGCUCAUUGCGACCCUAGGGAGGGAAGUUGAAGGCGGGCAACGAGGCAAACGAGGACAACGUGGGCUACUCAGUCAUGUCCGGUGCAGAAGAAGUCGAUAGGAACCUGACCUGCUGAUGGGUGGAGAAACUUCCUAGGAGGUGGGGUUAGUUCUGCGGAGGCUGACCAGAUGUGCUGUGGCCCCCAGGAAUCCCUCCUCGCAGUUAUUGGAAGCAAAGACCCGGCGGGUCGGUCCCAUUUUUGCAUUCGUCACUGAACGUGAGCUCUUCCUAAUCUUUCACUCAUCCUUUUCCCUUCUGGUCCAUAGAGUAUCCAACAUGACUCUCUCCUUCAGCCUUUUCCCCAGAAGUGAAAGGGAAGUUCUUUGUCCCGAGAUGGGGGUGCGGGGGGCAGGGUGCACGUGCCCGGGGCGGGGCGAGAAUCAACUUACCGAUCAGACUUGCUAUGGAAAUAUUUGCUGCUUAGUUCUUAGAGGCAUAUACAGGGCCACCCUCUAAAAACAACUUUAAGCUGCUUGCCCCUUGGGGAAAGCCGAGAUUUUUCAGGAGCAUCGUCCAAGGGGCAAACUCAUCUGAAGAAAGCCUUCUGGGCAUCGACCGCCUUCCUUGGAAUUCCUACCGCUCUCGUCUCUGAGCACAGAGAUGUCUUACUCCACCUAGCGUAAGGGAAGUGGGCUCAAAGUGGUUAGGAGCCAGGAGAACCGAACGCCUUGCCCCGUUGUUUUGUGUCAUGCGUUCUCUAGAGCACGCCCUGGGGGGGAAAUUGGUAGGGAAUGAAAAAAUUGCACAGGGAGCUCCCGGGAGCUUCCCCAGUGCUGUUGGACUGGCCCAUUUCCUGCUUCCAUCGUGCUUAGGCUACAAGUCAUAGGCACUCCCUUAUUGACUUGGGGGGGAGGGAGGGAGGUGGGAAAGGCUGGGGAGGGGGAGGCGAGGGAAGUGCAAAAGGUUAGCUCUGCUUGGCUGCAGCCCAGAGAGUCUGACCUUGGGGUGGGGGGGAUUGGCAGGCGUUGUGUUUCGCUGGUGGAGGGCUGCUGCUUGACCUGUAGGGCUCUCGGUAUCAUAGGGAGAAACAGAAGCGACCAGCGAUGCUUUAGUGUGUAUCUUUGUCUGCCAGGUUUUUGAGGCUCCCUUCCUAGAUAUGGGCCGGGCAGGAACUGUGAACUUUCUCACAUAGAACUUGUGAAUCUGGGUACCUGGGGGAGCUGGUGGGAUGCCAGCGACUUCCGGUGUAUUGUGAGGUGUGUGUUUAUACUGUGUGGCAGCAAGAGUUUUGACGCUUUCUUCUCUCGUAUCCCGCUCUCCCCCCCCCCCCCCCCCCGCAAAAAAAUCCAACCCAUCCCCACAUUCACCUUUCCUUCAAAUUGUGAUUCCUAAAUGCACUGGGUCUGCCUGAAAGGAGGGAGCGGGGCGGCCUUCAGGGGACUGUUUGCUGCUGGCUCAUGGUUGUCCCGAGCCCAGGAAAGGACUUGGGCUACCCGCUAAAGGGUUGGUGGAGUGUAAUCAUUGAACGUGGGGGUCUUCCUAAAAAAUAGAUGCAUUUCAUGCUGCUGAUUUGUGGUUCAGAUAUGCUGGGUGUUUAAAAAAAAAAAAAAGUAAAAAAAUAUAUAUAUAGUGGACUGUGCUCGUUUUAUUUUAUUUUAUUUUUUCCCAACUAGUAUCAGUGGCUCAAGCACUGACAUUUUCUCCCCCCCCCCCCCCCCCAAUCUCCCAGCAUGGAAAGGGUGAGACUGAUAAGGCCCUUUCGCCACCAUCUUUCCAAACCAAAGUUUGUGCCGGUUUUGAGCUCCCAUUCCUCAUCCGAACAGCAGUUUGGAAGCUCUCGGUAUAGAAGGCAGUGGAGAGAGCCUCCAACUUCCAAACCAGACAAUCCAAAGGGACCUCUUGGCUGGGAAUAAACACCUAAAAGUAGAAAGGGGGAGGAUCCAGGUAGGGGAAAAUGAAAGCUGAACUGUUCUGACUUCUCUUCCCAGCUCUGCUCCCAAGGGGUCCUUUCAAACUGAGCUCCUGGAAUGAGCUUAUGAUCUGUCAACUGCAGUUAUUUUUGGAGAUUGAAUGUAUUGUAUAAAAAUAUUGGGUUUAAAAAAAAAAGCGGACUCUGUGUGGUCACGUGACAGAAAUGACUACUGGUUUUGUGUGUCUGGACCUAGUUACACAGAUGAACCAUGAGACUUGGGAGUUCUGAUCUUUUAUUUAAGAAUCAGGUAAGGCAUCCCGCUCCAAAAGCUCUAGAACAUUUUUUUUCUGACUUUUUGUGCUUGACUCUGAAGAGGGAGAAAAUGUAUCAAGGAUUUUGUUGGUGGAAUUUUUUUUAAACUCAAUAUUUUCAUCGUAAAUAAACAGCACUUUACAUGAGAA